GCACCCCUCGAUCACUCACACAACUCAUUAAUUCUACUACUUUUAUGGUUUCAAUUUUUGUUGUUCUCAAAAUUGAAUUGGACAUUAGGGUUUUGGCUGCUAAUAAUAUCUGGGAUUAUGGAGGAUAGGUUAAUUUUUGUUGGGUACUAAUAAUUUUUUUUUUUUGCUGUGCAUUUGUAAUUUUGGUUGUGGUGCGUGGAUGUGCUGGGAUUGCUGAAUGGUUCUUGUUCUUGUUCUUGUUCUAUGCAGUGCUUGCUGGGCUUGCUUUUAUGUUUUCAUCUAGCAUCUUGUUACAGAUUCUGGCUUGUGCAAUAUACAGCAAUUGGUGGCCCAUGUUAUCAGCUCUCAUGUAUGUGCUGGUGCCUAUGCCUUGCUUAUUCUUUGGAGGUGGUUCCACUCAGUUUCUGACUAGCCGGGAUGGUGGGGGUUGGAUAGAUGCUGCUAAAUUUAUGACUGGAGCAUCAGCUGUGGGGAGCAUUGCGAUUCCUAUUAUCCUUAGACAUGCUCAUAUGAUUGAGACAGGAGCUAUGCUUAUCGAGUUCACAUCCUUCUUCAUUUUUGCUUGCACUGUCAUGUGUUUCCACCGAGCUAGUCUUGAAGAAGACUGGUGAUAAACAUCAAACAUGGUGCUGAACACUUACCCCAGUGAUCAUGUAAAAAUUAUGGCGUAAAUACAUGGGCAAAGAUAGAAAAAAUUUCCUUUGUAAAAUCUGUUCAAUGUACAAGGCAGUUCAAUCAACUUGUGUUUUGCUUUAAUCCCUCACUACUUUGUUUCUUAUCGACAGUGGAGUUGUGUUUGAUAUGUAAUUUUUGCCUUUUAACCUUGUGAUAUAUAAAAUUUAAGGGCUUUAUUUUGUUAUAAA